UCUCUGAGCUCUCAUUGCUCUGUUAAAGGGAGGUGGUCCUCCAAUCCCUCCUGAUUCUGCUCUCUCACGUUCUUCAACACAUGCAACAGACCUCCUCACAACAAAGGACAAAAUGUGGCUCGCUGCGUUGUACAUUUGGGGAAUCCUGUUAGCAUUUUCGGCGUGUGACAGCUGCUCAGAUCCUAAGAUCCUAAAACUAGAGCCUCUGGGGAACUGCGAGGAUGAGGAGAACUUCUGCCCUUACCAAAUCACGCUGCCUCCUCUUUCCAUCCAGCUGCCAAGGCUAGAAAAAAUGGCCAGAGAGCUGCAAAACCUAAAGGAGCUGGUGAACCAGCUGAGAAUUGACUGUCAGGAGUGUAAGGAGAGACAGCGGGUUGAGAGGGAUGGAUGGAAGGACCACGAUGAGGAGGAAGAGGAAGCUCAAACUUUGAGACAUAAUAAUAAUUUAAGCGGCACAGAUCAAGCGGUCAGGAUCAUCACCUCAACCCUCCCGCAAGGAAACGGAGCAGAGAUUGAGGGAAUAAUCAGGAGUGAUGUGAAGAGGAUAAAUCCAUUCAGUUUAGAAAGCCAUGAAUGGAACAUUGACAGGAAUGAUGCAGACCAAGGCACCACUGAUCAGAUUUCCGAGAUGAGCAAAGAGGUUAAAGGUUUUGAUCUUUCACUUGAAGACACAUCAGGGGACACAUCUGAAUUAAGACAAGUGUUCUCACCUAUAACCGAAGACAUACAGAGAGGCCGAACGUUUCAGCCAGAUGAAUUAUUAGAGUCGUCUAUUCCACGAACAAAAGAUUUUGUACAAUCCUUAGCCCAUGGGUCUGAGGUGAGCAGAGAGGUACAAAUAUUUGAUCCCUCAGUUGAAGAGACACCGGGGGACAUAUCUGAGGUAAAACAAGUCUUCUCACCUACAUCUGAAGUAACACACACUGAACAAAGGUUUCAGCGAGGUGAGUUAUUAGAGUCCUCUAUUCCAAGAACAAAAGACUUUGUACAAUCCGUAAACUAUGGGAAUCGACAACCAAACAUUUUUAGGGACAGAAAUGUGAAGAACAUCACCGGCAUCCUAGCUAUGAGAAGGAGGAUGCAAAAUAUCACCAAUGCGAAUGGACUGGGUAGCAUUUCAGGGAAUGCUAACACAAGGACGAUUUCCGCUGGUAACAGACAGCUUGUUAACUUUUCCAGGACAGGUGGACCACUAAGGCCAAAGAUGUACAUUAACAACAGAGCUGCCAAGGUAAGCGACGAAGACAGACUGAGAAACCCUGCGGUGGUGAGGACGCAUCCACAAGCAAGAGACAAGACAAUCAGACCUGGGCCAACAAGAAAUGGAUUUUCUCCAUUAAGGAGAGCUGGAAUUAACAGUGGACUAACACUAUCAUCCCAAGAAGAAAAGAUGACGGUGAUAAACCCAAAUCCUGACACCAACAGUGGACUAACCACAUCAAUGGAAAAAGAAAAGAUGAGAAUAAUAAACCCAAAUCUUGGCACUAACAGUGGACUAACCCUAUCAACCCAAGAAGAAAAGAUGACAGUGAUAAACCCAAAUCCUGGCACCAACAUUGGACUAACCUUAUCAACAGAAGAAGAAAAGAUGAGAAUAUUAAACCCAAAUCUUGGCACUAACAGUGAACGAACCUCAUCAACGGAAGAAGAAAAUAUGAGAAUAAUAAACCCAAAUCCUGGCACUAACAGUGGACUAACCCUAUCAGCAGAUGGUGAAGAGUUAACAAUAAUAAACACAAGACCUGGCACUGGACUUCCCUUAUCAACAGAAGAUAAAAAGAUGGCAUUAAUAAACACAAAGCCUAUGACUAACAGUGGACUAACUCUGUCAGAAGAUGAUCAAAAGAUUACGAACAAAAAAGACAUAAGUACAGACUCUGAUUCCAGAACAGACUACGAAAAUGACUUGAAAGAUGCAAGACAGGUGUCUGCGGAUGAAGAGGAAAACUUCAGAAAGCUAAACUCUAAAACUAAGAUUACAACAACCCAAACAAAUCUGAGGAAGGAAGACCAGGAGGAUGUUAGCCACACAGCCCAAAUAACAAACAAGUCCUUCAGUACGAUGAACAGAGCCGAACAGCCAAACUUAAUUAUAGCUGAGAGCGAACAUAUGGGAACUGAUGCAAGUCUGGUUAUGAGUAGCACCGAUGCAGACAAAGCAAACUCAUCUUCCCCAGGGAGACAGGUGGAAAGGGAAACAUAUCCAACCCCAAAUAAGAGAAUACAGACUGUUGAUGGCCAUGAGGAUCUGAGGUCCAUUAUUUUGGAUAUCACUAAUGAAAGACAGACUAACCCACUCCCUCCAGAUCAAGAAGAUCACACACAGUCUGGAACGGUUACGGAGGCAGUAAAUAAGGAAAUAAAUUAUAAUUCACUAAGAGCAGAGACUGUAAAGAAGACCAUAUUAAGCGAUAGUAAACCCAGUCAAUUGGAAACAGAGCUUGUGAACCCCACCCACAUCCCAAGUGUGAGGGAGCGUACGGCAAGUAUAGCCAGUACGGUUGAAUCACCUGUAGUAAACCAAGGGACAAGAAGAAUAUUAAUAUCUCAGCCCAUUAAACCUAAAAGUGGGGAAGAUAUUGGAAACAUUCUUUCUAUUAACAGCAACAAGAACAUCAGCAGGAUACGUGAAGCAAGCAACAUAAGAUUUCUGAAAAAUAUCACACGAGUGAUGCCAAAAUUCCCCAUACGCCCAGGCAGACAUCCAACAACUGUGAUUUCAUCUGGAGCACCCAAACCUAAUACCAUCAACAAAAUAUCAGGAAACAGCAGUGUUGUGGUACCUUCUAAUUUUCCCAUCUUACUCCGUAACAGCAGUUUUGGCAGAAGAAACGGCACUUUAAUGAUGAAACCAAGUUAUGUAAGAAGGAGGCCAAAUUUGCAAACCGAGCCCAAGGCAAGCAUUCCAAACAAAGGUUUCAAGACAAACGUAAGCUCAGUGACUCAAUUCAUCAGCUCUACAGGGAAAACAUCUGACAGUAGAGAAGAAAACAAAGACAUCCCGCGGGCGAUGGGGUCACAUGUUUUGACUAAUCUCACCAGUACAGGUUCGAAAUCACUACCAGAGAUUACUCGAAAUGCAGGCAACACCCUAGAUUUGGAAACUGUUAGACAUGGCAAGGAUCACAGCAGCGUAACUGUGAUGACAUCAAAGGUUGGGGACAACAAAGAGGACUCAAACAAAGACAACUCUCUGCAUAGUGGUGAACCCGAUUCCCUCAGUGGUGUCGAAGAAACCAAACAAUUAAGUUUGUUAACUACUGUUACUAGCAGUGAACGCCCAGUGGGAGUGGACAAAAUCGGCAGCAUAAAGCCGCAGAAUUCAAGGCCAACUGCAUCCACCCGAAACAAAGAGUUAUCAGGUGUAAGUGAAAAAAACGGCCAUGAAGAAACUACAAAACACAUUCCUACAAUGACCAAUAAACACGUCGAAAUAGUUCAAGACAUGAGUCAGGCUACCAUCUCACCACCCAUAAGCUUUGAAAAUACUGUAGCAACAAGAGAACUGGAACUUAAAGAAGAAAGAGUGCAAAAAUACUCUGGGGACGUAUUAUCAAAUCCAAAUACUGUCGAUGAUGUCCAAGGUAAUAAUGGAGGGACAUACAAAAUUCCAGUUGUUUUGGAUACGCUUACAAAUGUUGAAGAAAUCAAGGGCUCAAAAGUUUUCUCACUAAGCCCCGAGGAUACAGCUGAUGGAUUUAAAGCGAUUGCAGUCGGCGAUGACGUAACUCAGAGAGAUGGAGCAGAGACCAAGAUCCAUAGCAUCUGUGGCAGUGACUGUAUAAACACACCAACCCAACAGCCCGCAACCCAGAGCAGGCCUCUGUUAAAUUCUGAAAGAGGGCGAGGACUGCCACAGGACUGUGCUGACUACAUGACAAAAACACAACAUAAUGGCGUGUACAGAGUUACGCCACGAUCAAAAAACAGCACGUUCCAAGUCUUGUGUGACAUGGAGACCACCGGUGGUGGGUGGACAUUGAUUCAGCAACGCUUUGAUGGGAGCACUAGUUUUAAUCACACAUGGGAUGAGUACAAGAAGGGGUUCGGUAAACUAACAGGCGAGUUUUGGCUUGGCAAUGACAAGAUCCACUGGCUGACCCAGGCGAAAAACAUGUCAUUGCGAAUAGAGCUCGAAGACUUCGAAGGAGUUAGAGAAUACGCCCAUUAUGACCGAUUCCACGUGGCCAAUGAGAGCCAACAAUACCGCUUGUCCAUCGGUGGUUAUUCAGGGACAGCUGGCAACGCCAUGCAGUUUAAUAAAAUGUACAAUCAUGACCAGAAGCUCUUCACAACUCCCGACAGAGAUAAUGACCUGUAUCCUUCUGGAAACUGUGGGGUUUAUUACAGCUCCGGCUGGUGGUUUGAUGCAUGCAUGUCUGCGAACUUAAACGGCAACUAUUAUCACACAAAAUACAAAGGGGUGCGUAAUGGAAUAUUUUGGGGCACCUGGCACAAUAUCACUAUGGAGUAUUAUCCAACCAAUGAAAGACAUUCUUUUAAGACUGUCAGAAUGAUGAUCAGACCUCGAAACUAUACAAACUAAAACAAAGCUAUCUUUUGAAUUAAAAUUAUUGAAAUAAAACUAUAAGCUACGUAGUAAAUUGCUAAUCUUGUGUGUGGUGUCAGGAUGGUACAGAUGUGUUUGUGUAUUAUCAUUUUGUUUAGAGAAAUGUUGCGUUCCAUUAAACAUAUUAUUACUUGCUUUUUAAAGACAUUUUAAAAGUUUAUAGUUUGUUAAUAGUGUAUUAGCAUUAGUAAACUUCAUAAUGGGUUAUGUGUGAGUAAAUUUAAAGAUACACAUUUUCUUCUCAAUGUUGCUGUAAGUUUAAACUUUUAUAUUUUAUCUGCUGUAAAACGGAAUCUGUAACUUUGUUGUUGUAACAAGUUAUAAAAUAAAACUUUUAUGAUUUAUCAAG